AUGACUUUGGAUUACCUGCUCGACUUGGGCAACGACUGGUUGUUUCACCAUCACUACUACUACUACUACCAAUACUACUACUACUACUACUGCUGCUGCUGCUGCUGCUGCUACUACUACUACUACUACUACUACUACUACUACUACUACUACUACUACUACUACUACUACUACUUCUACUACGUCUACCACUCCUACAUCGUACAGAAACACCACUCUCUGGGUCUGCCUCUUAAUUUGGACCCCGUGCCUGUCCACUGUCCGUUCUUCGGUCUCCGACUGCUGCAAUCACCGGUCCUAUAUAAUCAAUCGGAAGACCCCUCUGCCGAAUCAAGUCCACCUGAGACUUUUCUUCGUUCUUUUUUCUCUCAUCCUUCAGUCUGA